CAGAGAAAGUUUAUUUGUUGUUUUUAUGGAAUCAAUGUUCUCUGGUAGCAGAAUAAUUGAGUGUUGAGUUGCGAAAGUCCGUGGAAAAUCACAGAAGGCGAAAAACAACAUAAUUUAUUGUACCAGCUAAUGUUGCAGCAGUGGUAACAGUAGAAGGCAACGACAAUGGCUAAAGCGGUGAACAACAUGGGAAUGUCAAUUGUGGAACCUCAUGAAAGAAUACGCUUCCUAUCUAAUUACGGAAAUAUGAUUGAAGUGGACGCCAACAUGCCAGUCACACGAUACUAUCGCUCCGGUACAGAGAUGCUUCGCAUGGCAAAUGUUUAUCUUGCCGAAGGUAAUCACGAAAAUGCCUUUAUUCUUUACAUGAAGUAUAUGACGCUUUUCAUUGAGAAAGUGCGUGCGCAUCCGGAAUAUCCGAAAAUCAAGUCUGAAGUAAAAGAAAUCCAUAAACGUAUUAAAGAUGAAAUCAUGCCGACUACUGAGAAAUUGCGCGCCAAACUGCUUGAUCGCUACCAGAAGGAGUAUGAGCAGUUUCUGGCAAACAAGGAGGCGGAGAAAGCGCGCGAAUUGGAACGCGAGCGCCAAAAACGCGCGGCUGUAGGGGAUGGUGGAAGUGGUAGUGGUACAGGUUCCUAUAUACCAACUAAUCUUCAUGUUCAGAUGGAUCCAACCAUGCAACCCAGUGCACCUGAUUUAGGACUUUUGGAUAAGGUCAUUUAUCCUAACGAUUUCCCGACAGGUACCAAUCGUUCGAGUUCAGGACUUCUCUUGCCCAGCGACGCUGACAAAGAUGGAGCAAAAUCAAUUAGCAAACCACCCAGCUUCGAUCGUAGCCAAAAACCGCAGUACGAGCGUUCCGAUUCCCUACUGGCUGGCUCGCUACGCACUGUAGUCAUACCGGAGAACACAAUGGAGGUUUUCUUGCGGCUGGCCCAAAGCAAUACUAUGAAAAACAUCGAAACCUGCGGUAUCCUGGCAGGUCACUUAGCACAGAAUCGUUUAUUCAUAACACACAUCAUAAUACCAAAGCAACAAGGUACACCUGAUAGCUGUAAUACAAUUAACGAGGAGGAGAUUUUUGAUGUGCAAGAUCAACAGAAUCUCAUUACACUCGGUUGGAUUCAUACGCACCCCAGCCAAACAGCAUUCCUGUCCUCAGUGGACUUGCAUACGCACUGUUCGUACCAAAUGAUGAUGCCCGAAGCAAUAGCCAUUGUGUGCGCGCCCAAGUAUAAAACCACUGGCUUCUUUAUCUUAACACCGAACUAUGGACUUGACUAUAUCGCGCAAUGCCGGCAGACUGGGUUUCAUCCACAUCCGAACGAGCCCCGACUGUACAUGGAAUCGCAACACCAUCAGCUCGAUGCUCAAAGGAAGAUAGAAGUGGUGGACCUGAGAAGAUAGUAUGUGGAGUUUUAUGUUUGAAGAGGCCUUAUACCAUUGAUAUAUAUAGAGACAAAAAGAGAAAGGUCGCCAAGCGAAUUUAAUUAUUAUUAAAUUAAAAGAUAAAACUAACUUUAAUAAAAAACAUAUUCUGAAUUCAA